AGGACCUGUCAAGUUGAGGAUGGACCUCUUACUUUGAGAUCAUUGACUCACUUUUUAUUGAUUUGAAUUAUUAUUAUUACUUUGUGGGCGACACCUGACAAGUAUUUUGGGGACGAAUUUCUCGGUCGGGAUGUUGCAGCGGAGCAGUAGGACGCGCGUUGGACCGCUUUGGGUUCUCCUCCUCCGUUUCCUGCUCACCCAAGUCGUCCUGGCGGCUGCGCUCACCCAGACCGACAAGUGCGGCGGAGCAAUCGACAUCCACUCCCCGGGCUACCUGACCUCCCCGGGCUACCCUGGCGCCUACCCACCCUCGCAGCAGUGCGCCUGGGUGAUCACGGCACCCGAGCCGGGCCAGAAGAUUCUUAUCAACUUCAACCCGCAUUUCGACCUGGAGGACCGAGACUGCAAGUACGACUACGUGGAGGUUUACAACGGUGAGGAUGAACAAGCGCCCAUGUUGGGCAAGUUCUGUGGCAAGAUUGCACCCUCGCCCAUCAUCUCCAGCGGCGAGCAGCUCCUCAUCAAGUUCGUCUCUGACUAUGAGACGCACGGAGCCGGAUUCUCCGUACGCUACGAGGUCUUCAAAACAGGUCAGGAAUGUUCCAAGAACUUCACGGCUCCCUCGGGGGUCAUCAAGACGCCGGGUUACCCCGACAAGUACCCCAACAACCUGGAGUGCACCUUCAUGAUCUUCGCCCCCAAGAUGUCCGAGAUCUUGGUGGAGUUCGACAGUUUCGACAUGGAACCCGACACCACACCGCCACCGGGGGCGCUGUGCCGCUAUGACUGGUUGGAGAUCUGGGACGGAUAUCCUGCGGUGGGUCCCCACAUCGGGCGCUACUGCGGCCAGACGUCUCCGGGCCGCGUCAUCUCCUACACGGGCAUCCUGUCCAUGACCAUCACAACCGACACGGCCAUCACCAAGGAGGGAUUCUCCGCCAACUACACCAUCAGAGACACUGGCCUCCCCCAAGGAAACACGCAACAAGAAUUCUCGUGUUCGGAGCCUCUCGGCAUGGAGUCGGGUGAGAUUUCCUCCGAGCAAAUCAGCGCCUCCUCGCAGUACAACAAUAACUGGUCGCCGGAACGCUCUCGCCUCAACUAUCGGCAGAACGGAUGGACGCCAUCCGAUGACACCGUACGCGAGUGGAUCCAGGUGGAUUUGGGCUUCCUGAGGUUCAUCACGGCCAUCAGCACACAAGGAGCCAUCUCGAAAGAGACCAAGAAGCACUACUUUGUCCGCUCCUACAAGGUCGAUCUGAGCUCCAACGGCGAGGACUGGGUGACAGUGAAGGACGGCUCUAAACAGAAGAUCUUCCAAGGGAACCACAACCCGACAGACGAGGCUCGCUCCUUACUGCCCAAGCCGACUUUGGCCCGCUACAUUCGCAUCCGGCCCAUGUCCUGGGAACAAGGCAUCUGCAUGCGCUUCGAGCUCUACGGCUGUCGAACCUCAGACCACCCAUGUUCAGGAAUGUUGGGCAUGGUGUCCGGUCAGAUCUCGGACGGUCAGAUCAGCGCCUCGUCCUAUGCCAACCGAGGCUGGGUGGCCGAGAACGCCCGUUUGUUGACGGGCAGGUCGGGAUGGACCGGCCAACAGACCAAGCAGCCCUUCAGGAAUGAAUGGCUCCAGGUGGACCUGGGCCAGGACAAGAUGGUCACCGGCGUGGUGAUUCAGGGUGGCAAACACUAUGACAAGAAUGUCUUCAUGAAGAAGUUCAAGGUGGGACACAGUCUGGAUGGAGAAGACUGGACCCUGGUCAACGAGGAAAACACCACCAAGCCUAAGAUCUUCUCUGGCAAUCAGAAUCACGACACACCUGAGCUGAGGUCGGUGGGUCCUCUGCAAACCCGUUUCAUCCGAAUCUACCCGGAGAGGGCCACCAUGGAGGGGGUGGGCCUACGACUGGAGCUGCUAGGCUGUGAACUGGAUGAAAUCACGACCACGGCCUUGCCCACCACACCGGUCACCGCCACACUUCCCUCCACCACAUUUGGAGCGACCAUAGUGUCGGCCCAAACGGUGCCCGUCACCACGCCGUCUGCCAACACCGACACAGACCAUCCCGAUGUCUAUGACUCUGCAACAGCAGGAGGCGUCACGCCCGCUGACCCCGUGGUGGACUUCAUACCAGACUACUUGUGGUUUGCCUGUAACUUCGACUUCGCCUCCUUCUGCGGCUGGACCACGGAAGUGGGCUCGGGUGCCGAGUGGCUGAUCCAGACAGGCGCUGGAGCUCCGGCCGCACGCAGAGCGCCGACGCUGGACCACACGGGCCGCACGGGUAACUUCAUCCUGAUGCAUCUGACCGCCUCUCCGUUAAGAAAUGCCGAAAAGGACGAAGAGGACACGGAGAGAGUGGCCCGGCUGUCCAGUCUGCCCGUGACGGCGCCUCAUGCCGACCUGUGCGUGUCCUUCUGGUACCACAUGUUGGGCCAGCACCCCGGUGUGCUCCACAUCAGACAGCAAGAGGAAGAGGAACAGGGGCUGGGGAACAUCCUGUGGACAGUUAGCGGCCACCAGGGGGCGCGAUGGAGGGAGGGACGAGUUUUACUACCCAGAUCCAGUCGACCUUAUCGAGUGGUGGUGGAGGGCGUGGCGGACAGACUCAGCACAGGCCACAUGGCCGUGGACGACAUCCGCAUUUUAGAUGCACUCAACGCCGACCACUGCAAAGAUCCAGAGGUUCCUCCAUCUCCACCCACGCAGAUCAUCAUCCUACCGAUAGACUCGCUCUCAGAGGGGAUUGGUGAAGUGGGAGGCGUGGGCGCGGCAGACAACAUGCUGAAGACGUUGGACCCCAUCCUGAUCACCAUCAUCGCCAUGUCGGCGCUGGGCGUUUUUGUGGGCGCCGUGUGCAGCGUGGUGCUGUACUGCGCCUGCUCGCACGCCCCGAUGGCCGACAGGAACCUGUCGGCCUUAGAGAAUUAUAACUUUGAGCUGGUGGACGGUGUCAAGCUGAAGAAGGACAAAAUCAACCCACACACUAACUACUCGGAGGCGUGAAGGGUGAGGCCCGGCGGCCGGUAGGUGGGGGCGAGGGAAGGGGGCCGCCGUUGGACUUCAGGGUGGGCUUUUCUUUCUCAGGAGCGGCAGCGCAACAGACUGACCUGAAGGGGGCACUGUGUACAAAUUAAAUGUACAGCAAAGAAAAAAAAAGAUGAUCUAUUUGUUUGUGGGUGGGUGGGUGGGGGGGGGGUGUUGUUUUUUUGGGGUGUUUUUUGAAAUGUUGAUUUUUUUUUUCUCAUGCUGGUGAUGAGACCAAGUCACAAGUAAGCUUGUGCGUGUGUGUUCUAACAGUGCCUUUUUUCCCCUCCACUUUUGUAAAGUUUGCCCCCCCCCCACCCCUCCCUUCUUCAACCACCACGAGUGUAUCAUCCAGGGUUCCUAAACACACACACACACACACGAGAAUGUCUCAGCAUUCGGUUGAAACCUGAAAACCAUGUUUCAGCAUUCGGUCAAAAUGUGAAGACAGUGUCUCAACUUUCACUUGAAACUUGAAGACAAACGUCCCAGCCCACAGGCCAAACGUGAAGACAAUGCGUCGGCAUUCCGUCAAAAAUGUGAAGACUGCGUCUCACCGUUAAAUUGAAACGUAAACACGAUAUCUACGCUUUCAGUUGAAACUUGAAGAUAGUGUCUCAGCCCAAACAUAGAGACGAUGUCUCAACAUUCAGGCAAAAUGUGAAGACGGUGUCUCAGGAGUAACCUAAACCUGAAGACUGCAUCUCCGCAUUCGGUCAAAAAGAGGAUGGCCAUGUCUCAGCAUUUGGCUGAAGGUUAAGGACAAUGCAUAAGUGUUCAGGUGAAGACAAUCUCUUGGCAUGACGUUGAGGAAAAUGUCUCGGCAUUCAGUCAAAACGUGAAGACAAUAUUUUUGUAUGGAGUUGAACCCUGAAGAGAAUGUCUCAGCACUCAAUUGAAGACAAAAUUCUCCGUGUUCAGCAACUCGCUAUUCAUUUAAAACCUGGAGGCAGUGUCAUAGUAUUCAGUUACAACGCGGCGGUAACAUUUCAGCAUGCGGUCGAAGCAUCAAUGUCUCUCCGCAUGCAGUCAAAACGUGACGACAAUGUCACAUUUGGUUCAAAUGUGAAGACAGGCUCUCGGCGUUCAACCAAAGUGUGAAGACAAUGCCUCAGUAUUUGUUUGAAACGGAAAGAGCAUCUCAGCAUUCGGUUGAAACUUAACCUACAGCGUCUCGGCAUUGAAUCAAAACGUGAGCGCGAUGUCUCAGUAUGGAAAGGCAGGUUUGGAAAAAGGCUGGGAAAUAAUGUGAAGGUUUUCUGGCUUGUGGUCUUUAGUGGUCAAAGUCCCAUUUUGUGUCGUGUGUGUGUGUGUGUGUGUGUGUGUGUGUGUGUGUGUGUGUGUGUGUGUGUGUGCGUGUGUGUGUGUGUUGUUCGAUCAUAUUGUAUAUAGUUUUAAUAUAUUUCUAUGAAAAUUGUUUUUUUCAACACGGGACAGUGCAGCAGUAUCCUUUCUUGAUCUCCUCUGUCCUUUCUUGAUCUGCGCCACACAUACAGUACACACCGUGACUGUGUCUCUCUUUAAUGUCGUGUGUGCGUGCGCUUGCGCGUGAACGUUUGCGGAGUAUGCCGCUCGCUUUCAUACAGGGUAACACUGGACACCCCUCCCCGACAAGGAGGAGCCAAGACCUCAAGUGUUUCCUUCGUCUCUUUUAAAAUACAGGCUGGUCGUGACGACCGCUCUUCUCGUUGUAUGGGUGACGCUACAAAAUGGCUGCAGCAUCCUCACGCACACACACACACACACACACACACACACACACACACACACACACACACACACACACACACACACACACACACACACUUAAUAGGGCUCACUCUUUAAUUGUCAGUCCCAGAGUAACCUCCAAAGUGGAACUCAACCCGUUCUGUGCUUGACUUGAUCGGGUUUCAAAACAAAUGCUUCUGUGUGAAAUUGUGUGACCCAGGGUCAAACUGUUACUACCCUCACCCCCGCCCCCCCCCC